UGAAACCCGAGAUUCAGCAGGAUAUUAUAAACUCGAUAGCAAACCCAGAUAUUUCUCGGAGAAAUCAUACACUAUCUGAGGCUAAAAGAAAAAAACCAAUUUUUAACGAUACCGCAUCUGAGUCCUCAUCUGAAUCUGGGUUCGGCUCUGAAUCCUCUUAUGAUAAUGAAGAUUUUACUGUAGAUAUGGUAAAAGUGAAGAAGCGCAAUUAA